CGCUCCGGACGACUUUCUGUGUAACACCGCGAACGCUCAGAGAUAACUCUGCUCUGGAAUAAAACUUAUUUAUAAAACAAUAAUAAAUAAUAACAACAACAACAACAAAAUGGACGACCAGGGCUGCCCGAGAUGCAAAACGACAAAGUACAGAAACCCGUCUUUAAAGCUGAUGGUGAACGUGUGCGGACACACACUUUGUGAGAACUGUGUGGAGAUGCUGUUUGUGCGAGGUUCAGGUAACUGUGUUCAGUGUGACACUCCACUCAGGAAGAGUAACUUCCGUCUGCAGCUGUUUGAGGAUCCGGCUGUGGAUAAAGAGGUGGAGAUCCGCAAGAGAGUGCUGAAAAUAUAUAAUAAGCGUGAUGUGGACUUCCCCAGUCUGAGAGAGUAUAAUGAUUACCUGGAGCAGGUGGAGGAGAUCGUGUAUAACCUGACGAAUAACGUGGAUGUAGAGAACACUAAGCAGGUGAUGGAGACCUACCAGAGAGAAAACAAAGACAUCAUCCAGAAAAACAAGGCCAAACUGACGAAGGAACAGGAGGAGCUGGAGGAGAUCUUGCUGAUGGAGCAGCAGGACCUGGAGCUGAAGAGGCUGGAGAACCUGCAGGAGGAACAGAGGCACUUACACACCAAGAGGAAAAACAAACAGGCCCUGCUCGACGAGCUGGAGAGCUCCCAUUUGCCCGCGUCCCUCCUCUUGGCUCAGCAUAAAGAGCGCGCGGCUCAGAUCGAGAGUCAGAUCGAGAAACAAAAACAAACCGUCAAACCUGCUGCCAUCUUCUCUACAGGCAUCCUAAUAGGUCAGACGGUGUCUCUGGCUCCAGUUGCUUGUGUGGAGGAGGCUCUGUAUCAGUAUCACCCUCUACAAAUCGAGACGUACGGCCCUGUGGUGCCUGAACUGGAGAAGCUGUCCAGACUGGGAUAUCUGAAUCACGUGAGAGCGGCGACUCAGCAGGACUUAGCGGGCGGCUAUACGUCAGGUCUGGCGUGUCACAGGGCCAUGCAGGACGCCUUCAGUGGUCUAUUUCCCUGCACAUAACUGUGUGUGUGUGUGUUAGCUUGGGACUGGUACCUGUAAUAUUGUUGUGAUGUGGAGAGUAAGCCUCAGUGUGUGUGUGUGUGUGUGUGUGUGUGUGUGUGUGUGUGUGUGUGUGUGUGUGUGAUGAUCAUGUACACAUUUUUCUACAAGUUUUUGUAACUGCAUGUGAUUUAAAGAAUAAACUUUCUUUUGUUUAUUUUA